AUCGUGUCGAAGCCAACUUGUUUCAGAAUAUCCAAAGCCAGAGUCCGUAUUUUUGUAUCCAGCAAGACUGACGUGGCAUAUUGUUAUGUUUUGAUUAGUUAACAAACACCGCAACACGAAAUCCUUCCAGUCUGGGCAUCGGCUGCAUAAAAAGGCCCCACAAAAUCACAACGCAACAAGAACGAAAAGUGUACGCACGGCAAGGCGGCGGGGAUCGUGGGCAAACAGGACAGGCAGUAACUGACCGUAGGAGGAAAGGUCAAAAUUCGGGCACGUCAAUAGGAAGAAACAACUCGUUAGCCGCAACAACAUCGUGAACAAAACCUCACGCCAGCACAAUGGGAUUGACAAUUUCAAGUGUGUUAACCAGAUUGUUUGGGAAAAAACAAAUGCGCAUCUUGAUGGUCGGACUGGAUGCGGCCGGUAAGACCACGAUUCUGUACAAGUUGAAGCUGGGCGAAAUCGUAACCACCAUCCCGACGAUUGGGUUCAACGUCGAAACGGUCGAAUACAAGAACAUCUGCUUCACCGUCUGGGACGUGGGCGGCCAGGACAAGAUUCGGCCGCUCUGGCGCCACUACUUCCAGAACACGCAGGGUCUGAUUUUCGUAGUGGACUCGAACGAUCGCGAGCGAAUUGUCGAGGCGGAAAAAGAGCUGCACAGCAUGCUACAGGAGGACGAGCUGCGGGACGCGGUGCUGCUCGUAUUCGCCAACAAACAAGAUCUGCCGAACGCAAUGACGGCCGCCGAACUGACCGACAAACUGCACCUCAAUCAGCUACGGAACAGACACUGGUACAUUCAAGCGACCUGCGCUACACAGGGCCAUGGUUUGUACGAAGGCUUAGACUGGCUGUCGAACGAGCUGGCCAAAAAGUGAUGAUAAUCGCGAGGUGGUGACCUGUAGGAGAGGAAUAUUUCUUUUCUUAUUAUUAAGACGCCGGUGUAUCGCUCAUAACUUGUAUGCAUUGUUUCGUAUAAUAAAUAUAGCGAUGGAAAACAGUCCAUUCGAACGGUAGCGAUACGCUCUUGGCGCAGCACCUCCUGCGCGGCGCUGUUCUCCGUUCCAUUCCAA